AUGCCAUCAGAUCAUCGCGGCCGAGGUCGCGGCUCCAGAGACGACUCCCAGCCUCGCUCGGUCCUCGUCUCCAAAGCCCUGUCGCGCCUCCUUCGACAUGCCGCCGUGCAGGAACAUAUCCCCAUCGACAAUCAUGGAUACGUAAGAAUGGACCAUCUUUUGGCCUGGCAGAAACUACGAAGCAUGAAGCCACCCGUGACAUUUGAUGAGGUCAUCGAGGUGGUGGAAGACAACAACAAGAAGCGAUUUGCUUUGAAGUACGUUGCCAAAGAUGAGACUCCAGACGAUACAGCUACUUCGACUCAACCAAACGCCGAGGCACGAGCAGAAACAGAAACAGAAACUCAGCACGCAAUAUCAAUGUUUCAAUCGACCAAGGAUGACAAGAACGUCGAGCAAUAUUUCAUUCGCGCCACCCAAGGCCACAGUAUGAAAUCAAUCGAGUCGGAGAAUCUGCUAACUCCCAUCACACUCGACGACCCGGCCAGUAUCCCCUCCACCAUCGUCCACGGAACAUUCUACGGCGCAUGGGAUAGAAUAUUACAGACCGGUGGACUCAAACGCAUGACGCGAAACCAUGUCCAUUUCGCGACCGGCCCCGCCUUGGACGAGGCUCUUUCAGAGUCCAACAGCAACAACAAGAAAUCGCGCCUCGACUCGCUCCUGGGCAAGAAUAAAGUCAUCAGCGGAAUGCGCAGUGACGCCCAGAUCCUCAUCUACGUCGAUGUGCGUAAGGCACUGGAGGAAGAAAAGGACAUGAAAUGGUGGCGCAGCGAGAAUGGCGUGAUUCUCACCGAAGGCGUGCCGGCGGUCGAGGACGACCAAAAAAUGGUCCCGAUCAAGUACUGGAUCGCGGCCGUUGAGGUCAAAAAGGGGCUCGGCUUGCUUUGGCAGCAUGAACAGGGCGUGGUGCGAGAAUUACCUGAGUAUUUGAGGAAUCGAGCCGUGCCCAGGGGUAAGAAUCGAGGGACGUGA